AGCGUCGACGCAACCCGUCCAAGUUUUCACGUUGCUCGAUCAUGACACGUAGUGGCUCUCUCAUUCAGACAUGCGGCUAUCUGGCGUUUGUCGCUGUCACGGUCGUGAUUGCUCAAGAAUGCGAUAAAACUAAAUGCCCGGGUCCAUUGGCGUAUUACAAUGCUCUUGGCUGUAUUCCGAUAUAUGAAAAAGAAGGUGAUUGUUGCGCGACAAAAUACAAUUGUGAUCAUCUAAAAGAAAGAUCCAAAGAUAAAUGCUACGUCAAUGACGUGGAGUACAAUAUUGGAGAACAUCUCAAAGAAGAGCACGCGAAUCCAUGUGACAAGGGUUGUUUUUGUGCCAAAACCGAUGGAGGUGCUUCGUUUAUUUGCGCAGUAGUUGAUUGUUUUCAUCCACCGCCGAGACCUGGUUGCUACAGAAAAAAUUCCCCAUUAAAUUGUUGUCCUGGAGAAGAAGUUUGCCCUGAAAAGCCCGAAGAUAGAGCUAUCUGCAAUGUAGAUGGAAAGGAAUAUAAAGAUGGAGAAUAUUUCACAGUUGAAAGUGACCCGGAUUUAAGCUGUAUAUGCCAACCGGGUUAUGAAGGACAAAACGUCGAGCCUUUCUGUGCGAAGCCUAAACAUUCAUAUUGCAAUCCUUAUUUCCGCCAUAGAAGCGACGUUGAUAAUAAUUGUGUUCCGGUUUAUUAUUCCUCUCAAUCGCCACAAACUGGUUGCAGCGUAUUUUCAAGAUGUCAAAACGACAAGGAUACCGUCAUUCACAAAGAGGAUAAUUCUAAAUCUGUUAAAGAUGAUGAGGAUGUUUGUCACUUCGGAAACAUGGUCAUGCACCAUGGCGAUGAGUUGAAUCAAGCUACAGAUUAUAAUUCUGUAUGUGUUAAAUGCGUUUGCGAGAUUCCACCUGUUCCGACUUGCCAGCGUUUACCGGAUGAAGAAUGCGAUGUCACGGAUCAUCCGGACUUCAGCAUUCAAUAAACCUUUCGGAAUUAUCUGUGAUAAUAUCAUUAUUUUCCGUAUUCGAUUUAGGAUUUUGUAGUAAAUUAGUAUGUACAUAUAAGAAUUUCUCUAUCUUUGUAUGUAUUUUAAUUUUUGCAUUUCUUCUAACGAUUAUAAUAAAAGUGUGUUUUUAUGUACCACAUAUUAAUAAAAUAUGAAUAAAAAACAAUAAAAAUAUAAAUAUAAA